AUGUUUUCAUCCAAAAUUUUUGCUAGUGUCCUGUUGUGUUCAUUGUUCCUCAAAUGUGCUAGUGAAAGAGACAUCUUCGUUUCACCAGGCGGAAAUGAUUCUUCAAAUUGCAGUGCGAGCUUCAAAUGCAAGACUCUCGACAGAGCUUUAGGGCUCGCUCGUGGAUUAAACUCAACAAGAAUAUUACUGAGCAAAGGAAAUUACUCGCUGAACACAAGCCACAGUUUUACGAAGAUUGUUUCCUUUGGUCUCUUUGGAAAUACUUCUUACGAUCAUGACGAUCAAAUCAGCUGUCAAAUUACAUGCGAGCCAAAUGUUAGUCUCUCGUUCACCUUCAGCGAAAAUAUUUCCUUUGAGGGAGUCAAGUUUCGGAAGUGUGGUGGUUGGCAUCAGAGUUCUGCGGGGAUAAAUGAGCAAUACCCAUAUUUUAAGGGGGCAAAAUUCAAGACUGCCUUAGAUUUUCGAUACUGCAGAAACCUUCGUAUAUCAAAUGUUGAAAUUUGUUCGUCCCCAGGGCUUGGCGCUAAUUUGUACGAUGUUGGGGGAGUUGUGAACUUCACAAACAGUUUGUUUGCAGAUAAUUACGCUUUAAACGAAAGUAGUUAUGACAGAUGGAUUUUUAUCAGCCCAGAUGGAAGCUAUGUUUACUCCGGAGGCGGUGUUAAUCUCAUGUUAAAUCAAUAUAGUCACAAUACGUGGAACGUGACUCCUGGUGAACACGAUUCAUAUCAACACAAUAACAUUUACGAAUUUUCAAAUUGCCAUUUUAUGAGAAACAGAGCUAUGUGGCUGAACAACACCAAAGAUAAUAACGGAAUGAACACACUAAAACUUCCUUUUAACCGUGGAGGUGGAUUAGCCAUGUAUUUCCAAGGGAAUGCAAGUGGGUGUCACAUUAAAAAUCCAGUCAUGCGUUUUUGCGAACAACAAAGCAUCGUGGGGUGGAGGUUUUCAAGUUGA